AUGUCCGUGGAGGAGGUGAAGAAAAAGAGCUACGAGGAUAUCCUGCUACAUUUGUGCUUAACGAAGGAUGACAAGAUUAAGCCUGUCUUGUAUAAAUUCAUCCCCGUGCUUCUGCACGAAUUGUUAACAAUCGAAGGGACUCCCCAAAGAACACUGAUAGAAAUUGUGAGUCACUGUAUUUUGAGAUGCAAAUCUUUUGAAUGGAUUGACCUGCCCCUGUCGGAUAUAGUGGGGAAUUAUUUCCAACACGUGGGGAAAGCGAAGGGGAACAGAAUCCUAUACAACAGCACCUUGUCUAUAUUUUUAGAUAUCGGUUUUAAGGGCGCAAACGAUGGAGAGAAGAUAAAAUUUCAAAAGGUGCUAAUAGAGAAUGGCGCCAAGUUAUCAGUGGACAGGGAAGUGGGUAUCCUUCUGAUGAUAAAGUUUAUCGAAUGUUUGGAGAUUCUAAAUGGUGAGAGGAAUAAGAAGGAGAUGGAGGAGUACUUCUCUGGGGAGGGUAAUAAGGAGAAGUCUUCAUUGGACAAUCAGAUUUUCCAGUUCAUAAAACACAUGAAUGAAUUUUUGGCGAUACCAAUAUACUGUAAAAAUGUGGAAGAAAUAAAAUUCCUUCCAAGUGAUGUUAUUAAGAUAUAUAAGGACAAAUUUCGAAAUAGUAAAAAUUACUCGGUGCAAAAUCACAUAAAAAUGAAGAAAAAUACGCUUUACUUUUUGAGCAGUUUUGUGUGCAAUCACAAUGUGUGUUACGCUUCAUACGUUAUAUGCUCUACUGAGAAGUAUGACGAAAUUAAGGAGUAUGCCAAUUCGCUGCUCCUUGGGAAGAAGCGAUUUGUAAAUUUUAAUGACGCCCAUUUUGUAGAAACAAAUUUGGACAUACUGAAAUAUUUUGAUAAUAAUAUGUACCCAAUAGAAUAUGCAGUAAAAAUUUUGAAUUUAUUUAUGAACAGCUCUGAGGUAGCGGUUGAUAAGGCGCACUUGCACUCGUUGAUGAGUUAUAUAUUCUUUUUUUUCUUCCAUUUUGAAAAUGAUAUGAAGAAUAUCCACUUUGAGACAGAGUUUUCCAAAUUUCAACUUUCGUUCCAUGAGAGAACAGAGUUUGUGAAAUUUCUAAAUCGACGUGGAUACACCAUCAGGCUGAAAAAUGAAGAUUUGAAAAAGUGCCUCUUCAGCUUAAUGUUGUUCAUUCUAGAAAAAUCAUCAAAUGAGUUUCUGCAUGAAUAUGUUGAGUGCAUCUUCCACCUCAUUUUUUGUUAUCUGAAAGGGUUGGAUGAGGAAGGAACGGAUGCUACCCAUGAUGGUAGUGACAAUUACGGGGCACUUACAGAUAUCUCUACUAUGAUAGAUAAAUUUUUCGAAAAGCUUCUCCAGGAGGACAAAAUUAAUAUGACCGUGUUGGGAAGGGCGUACACUUUGGCUUACUCCUUCUUUGAUAAGCUGAAAAGGUUUAAGAGGAGGAGUAGCCAGUCCUAUAUACAGCAUAAUAAUAUAACCAAAGUUCUAUUCUCCCUGGAGAAGUACUUCCAGAGGUGCAUGCAGGGGGGGGAGUGCGUAAAUGGUGUAGAAGAAAAUGCGGAAUAUCGUGACCAUAUGGGUAACUCCAUUUCAUCAGGACAAAAUGGACCGUUUGGCUCGAAGUGGAAGAAAGAGGUAUUUGCUCCAACAGGGAGAGAAGACAUUCGAAAAAUAAUAGCGCAGAAUGUUGAGCAUUUAUUGGACCAAUUUGUACCGUUCGCAGAUAACGCCUUGCUAAUUAGUAUGGUGAUGAAAUGGGCAGUUAGCAUAUUCACCCCGGGGAGCUGUGAAUGUGUGUACUACCCGCUACUGUUUGAAGGGAGUAGUAAUGUCGUUUUGUCAGACUUAGCAAGGGAUUAUUUGAAAGAGCAGAAGGAGGAAAGGAAGAUCACGUUUGAUGAGUACACCUUUUUUAUUUCGAAAAAGUUGUUUCGCGUGAAGGACGGGUGGGUGGUUCGCCCGUUUGGUACUUCAUAUGGUGAGGUAAGCGUGGAGAACAGUUGCGAAGAAUGCAAUGGUGACGUAUACAAUUGUGACGAGCGAAAUUGCGAAGAAGAAUCAUUAAAGUACAGCCAAAUAGCGCAACCCAGCUGUGUUGCCAUACAAAGUGCAGACCUUUUAACCGAAUAUGCAAACACGCAUUAUGCAGAAUAUAGGCUAGACCAACUGCACAAUCUGGUUCAGUAUUAUAGCAAGAUAAACUUUUUCCCCUUCUCCCACGUGGAAAGUGUCUAUUAUGCCCUUUUGAUACUGGACCUGUUUCUAAUGGGGACGGUAAAUCGUGAAAGAAACAUGAAGGAGGAUUACCUAGUUGUGUACUGCUCCGUUUUUACGCUGAUUUUGAAGAAGUUACGUAGGUUUCUGGAGAGAAUGAAAGAGGAAGAAGCAGAAGCGAACUUUAGGAGGGAACAAUUUGAAAUUUUACAAAAGAGCGAGAGGGGGCUGUACACCCAUUUGGCCAUUUUAGCAAAGACAAGAAUGCAGGUAAUUCUAAGCAACAUGUUAUACGUAGGCAAUCACAAGCUGGUAAAGAAGGCAACAAAGUUGUUGUGCAGAAUAUAUCUGCUAGGCAAAGAAACGCACGCCAACCUAUUUGACAAUCAACUGGUCAGCUUCACGUCAGAAAAUGUGGAAGAAGUGGCCGAAAAAUCGAAGGAGGACAAUUACGUACUAUGCGCACAUAUGUACCUAUUUGGCUACCUAAUAAAAAAGGAAAAAAAAAUUGAUGAGAGGUAUUACAAGGUUGUAGAAGUGGUUACGAAUUGCUUGCUUCACACACAUCAUAGGUAUUUCAAGGAAAAGAAAAACAUCGAACAGAUCGAUUUGUUGAGGUACUGUUUUAAGUUUCUCCGUUUGGUGUUUUUUUCGAGACACUUUGUGCAGACGUGGCUUAAAAUUGUAAAAGAAAGUAGAUACUCAGAAUUGCCCCAAGGGGGGGAAGAUUUCGUUGUUCAAAUUAGAUACAUUGUGGAGGUCCUCAUGGGGAUAUUAAAAUACGCUAAGGAGAAUUUAAAUGGCGCUAAUAUAUGUUUAGUGAAAAAUGUGUUAAAGCUGUUAAGCUGCUUACCCACGCUGAGGGAUGAUGGGAUAAAUGCCCUUCUGAAAGAGGACAUAAGGGACUCUUUCCAUGUGGAUAAUUUACAAAUUCAACAACUCUAUGGUCGUUACGUAUCGCACAUGAUUCUGCGAUUGGAAAGAAUCUAUGCGGAUCAGAUAGCAUCUGAUUUAUUGAGUUCGGUUUUGGGGCAUAUGCAAAUGAGGGCAAAAGAUGGAAACAAAUUUCUGUGCAUAAUUUUGUGCUAUGUUAUAAAUUACAACCCAUUUUUGGAGCAUAUAAAGAGGAACUUUACAUCGAUAUCGGAGUUUCUCAUUUCGGUUAUCAAAUCGAGGAGCGAUGUAUAUUCUGAGUACUGCUUCGUAGCGUUAAGCAGUUUGUUCUUUGCCCUUUCGGUGCAGUUUAUUGUAGACAUCAAUGAUGUGGAAAACCUGGUGAGGGUACUUUGGUUUUUAAGGGGAGCAGAAACCAGCAGGGGAAAAGGCACAACUAUUGAAGAGGACAAUUGUGUCACUGCAUCGUCAAACGGCGCAGAAAAGAUUGAUAGCAUGGGCAGCAUGGAGGCCUUUUCAAAUGUUGCAAAAUUCACGAAAGGGAAAAAUGCGAUUAUAACGAAGGAGCGAAAAAUGAGUUGCGACAUUUUGGAGCAGGCAAAGGAUUUUUAUGACGAUAUAUCCCUUCUGGGCGAAUCCAAGGGGAGAGCUGAUAACCAAGACGAAUCGAACGAACAGGCGACGUCAGACAGUAAAACCAGCAACUCCAUCGGUGCGCCUAUCGCAAUGGUGGAAAGAUUCGCCGAAGGGGUGCACUGCACCUUCAGUGAUGCGAAUGAAAAUUUGCUAUACAAAACGUAUUUUAGAAAGAAGGAAAAAGAAGUAGAUAAUAAUUUUAUAAACGAAAUAAAAAAGUUUGAAAGUAGAAAGGAUUACGUCCUGAACAAUGUAUAUGAUUAUGUUAGUAGCGAAAGGAACAUUGAAUUAAUUGGGCAUUACACAUCCCUAGGAAGGCAUUGCUUUAGCUAUGUGUAUGCCUUUCUGUUCAUGCAGUACUCUGACUUGGCGCUGUACAGGUGCGACAAAAAAAUGAGGGAAUUUUUCGCCCACGAGGGGGGGAAAUACGACGGAGGUAACCAUUUGGACAGAUAUGGAAUGGCUUACUUGUUGGGUAAGUUAAGAGGGGGUUACACUAGGUAUCAUGCUGUUGGUAGCGACCAGGUGCAUCCGUAUCAAUUCGACCCCUCCCCCAGUGUGAACGAUUUUAAGAAGGUUAAUAAGAGACUUUGCCAUAUCGUAAAGGCCAUUUGUAAGGAGCUGCUAGUACGAACGAUAAAAGCGCGGCAGGAAAUAAUAAAAUUAAAAAUUUUUCAACACAUAACAGUGACAGAUGUGAGUAGGACUAUGAAGCGGGUAGAGCGGGAGUUCCUACAAAUGAACAUCAACACCGCAGAUUCUGCUUGCGUCAUGGAUGCCCUCAGCACAGAGCUGACUACAUUCUCCACGGUUAACCAUAACGAGCUAAUUAACGAUGCCAUGUUGAUCUUCCUAACAGAUAUUCUUAAGAAGAUAGACCUAAAUACGUUUUGCCAAAAGGUUGGCCCGUUUCUAUCCUUCAUUUGUUCGGUUAUUGAGUCAUCCCUGAUGAACAAGGAAAUAUGCAUCACCUUUUUGAAUACAUUUAAAAGUGCGUGUGUUAGGUUUUUCUCCGAGAUGGGUAACCCGCAAGGGGGUAAUAACAUCCCUGUUGGGGGUAGUGGAUUAUUCACUCUGAACAGUGUGGGGAGUACCCCAGGUGGAGAAUCAUGCAGAAUGAAGGUGCAUAGUAAGGAAGAAGAGGGGACCCUUGAGGAAAAUGUCCCCAAAGGAGGUAACCAUACGAACGAAAUUUUACAAAAAUUACUACAGUAUUAUCAAAAAUUUGAAAGUAACAAAAAGGUAGAGCUAUAUUUUAGAGACUGCUUGAACAGUUGCAUUCUCUCAUCGGAAGGCCUCACCUUCGACGUGAAGACGCUGCUGCAGUUUUAUAUACAUAACAGCGAAAAGAUGGAAACAGAUUAUAGCGAUGUUGGAAUACCAAAUGAGGGGAAGGACGAUAAUUACACAAAGAAGGAAAUUUUUUUUGUAAAAUUGGUUAAGUACAAUAAUUUAGAAAAGGAAAAAGAAAUUUUAGAGAAAAUAAUCAGCAACUAUGAACAUUUAACAGACAUCGAAGAGAGCGCAAAAUAUAUUUUUUCAUUUUUAUUAGAAGAAAAAAAUGUGGGUAAGUUUAUGUUAAGUUCUGUUUCUUUUGUAAUUGUGAAGUUACUAGAUAGGUACGAAGUGUUACUAAAGGGUAAUGCAUUUUCAAAUGUGCAAUUUUGCAUAACGGUUUUUUCCUUCAUUUCGGAGUUUAUCUCAAAGCAUUUGUCCAAUUGUUACUUGUCCCAUUUGAACGAGUUGUUGUACUACUUGGUGCACAGAAUUCCGUUUUACCAUUAUGUAAAGUUUGUUCAUGGUACGUUGCUGGGUGAAAAUUUCGAAUCGAUUCGCCAUGUUAAGGACGCGCAGCAGGCUAGAAAUUACUGCAGUGAGGUAAUUCUUUACUUGCUGAAGAAGAAAUACCUCCUCGAUUUGGAUGAUGAGAAUAUUUUCAGGGACCAAAAGAGAGUAGGGGAUGUAAAACAGUACGAAGAUUUAAAGGUGGUGCAUAAUGUGAACUGCCAGGUGAAGGAAUUUAUCGAAGGAGGCAGCUUCAAGGCGAAGGUGGAACAAGAAAUAGGUGGUCCACCGUUCGGUUGUGAUGAUGCGUCGACGUGUCUGCCCCUUUUAACCGUAAUCGGUGAACUGGUAAGAAGCUUCACCAUAGUCAACCCGGAAUUAAUUUUACACCAAGGGAGUGAUGCAGAGGAAAGGGUAAAAAUGUAUGUUGAAAAGGAAUUAACUUUACUUGUGUCGAACCGGAAUGUGAUCAUCUCAGCACAUCUGCGUGGGGCAAUGACCAAAGUUCUUACAGCAGAAAUUGUUUCAGUGCGCGAAAAGGAAAUGGGAAAUAAAAAAACAUUCGAAGAGGAAAAUAAGAGAUUGCUAAAAAAAAUGGAGUCCAAAUUAAUUGCCACAAGUUUUAUAAUAAAAAAUAUGAAAAACGUUGACAAUAAUUAUUAUAAAGAUGUGUACGAAAUUUUACAAAAGAGAAAUAUUUUUCACUUUUACAAAUUUUUCAGUCAAUACGUAGAACAGUUCUACACCUUUUUGGAUUCCCCGUUCACGAAGGAUAAGAAGGCAUGCUUUACAUCAAUAGAAAAAUUUAUCGAUUUUUUUAUUGACAUGUAUAAGGGGGAAAAUUGUGACGAAUUGGAAAGUGAAAAUGUGGAAAAGUUUUUAAAUUUGUACUGCAAGAUAAGGGACUUGUUUACGGGGGCCAGAAAUGGGGAAGGUGACCUUUGCUUCUGCUCCAUUUUGGCGCUUCUAAAAUGCCUUACUUUUAUGCUCUUCCUUGUGGUUAGAAGUAAGGCGAAUGGGGACAAAUUGGAAAAUGCAUCCGUCAACCGUGAGGUGAUUGAAAAAGGGGUUCCAUUUGAUGCGGCAGAGAUUUACAGCCUGUUUAAUGACAUUUUGGACGUCCUUCCGGAUGUACGAGAAUUUGAGCUUUUUCAGCACAUGUACCUAUUCGUUUUUAAUAUUCCCUCUACUCAUUUGGAGAAUUUUAAUUUUGUAAAAUUAUGGAAGUGUGUCCUUUUUUUUAUAAAUAAAUACUUCCACAGUUGUAGUGAGAGUGUCGCUAAUUAUGACAGCAGCUUAUGUGUCCACUUCUUUAAGUUGGGGAUGUGCCUGUUCUGUUAUUUCCUCUCCAGGGAAGAUGACAUGAGGACUUGGUUGCACCUUUUCAACUAUCAGUAUUUAAACAGGCUCUUUAAAAUGGAGCACCUCCAUAGCUUCCGAUUCGAAACAAAUGAGAAGCAUCAUCAGGAAGAUAUCGUAAAUGGUAUGCGUAUUGAACAGUCGGGGGAGGCACAAGGUGAUACAAAUAAAUAUUGGAAAAUUAGACAAAUCGAAAGAAGCGUUCCGGAUGACACACAAAACAGCCAACACAGCGUACUCCCAAUAGGGGAAGAAGCUUCUUUUUCCAAUCACAUAGAAAAAUUCAUAUGCCUCCUAUUUGAGGUUAGCAAAGAUAAUGUGAGCAUUUUAUCCAUACUAAAAACAUUUUUCCAAUUCCUUUUUUGCAACAAAAUAUUUUUGCACCAAAUAGGCGAGGCAGACAUGUGGGAAAAGGUAUAUAAUUAUAUUUACCUCUCUAUUGUGAGAAACAAAGCGAAGAAAGCAUUUGACCAUUUGAUGGAUAUACUGAACAUACUUUUGUGUAUGUACAACUCUUACGGUUAUGAAAAUGAGCGCGAUAAAGAGAUCUGCUUGAACAUCAAAAUUAAAGAAUUCGGUUUCGGCCUUUUUGGUGAAACUGACAAGGGUGAUAAUGUGAACUCUGGCCAGCCCACCUUCCUUUUUAUCUCUUUUUUUAAGAUACGAGAGAAGUUGAAGUUGUUUGUGUUUCCCGAGCACGUCACUCAGAAUUUGCGGUAUUCCAUAAUGCUCAAUUACCCGCACUUUUUUUUGUAA